AUGAUAAUUAGAUAUAAUUAUAACAUAUUAUUAAUUAAAAGUCAUUACUAUCUUGAUCUUCCAAGAUAUAAAAAAAUUAAGGAUAGUAUUCUAAAAAAUAUUGGAAAUGCAAUCAAAACAUAAAUGCUAUUCCAUAAUCCAAAAUCUAAAGAAAAGGUAUCAAUAGGAUUUUAACUCUGCAUAGACUAUCCUAUAAAUUCAUCUCUUCUAGUAUCAUAUUCAUUAUAUAUUAGAGCUUCAAAGGCAUAUUUCAUUGGACUUAAAUAUUAUAACCAACUUAUCCAAUCCAUAAACAAUGACUAAUUAGCAUAAAAACCAGAAAAGACAAUGAGAGGCAUCAGCACUACAGGGAUAAUACCAGAUGCAUUUCGAGCAUCUGUUAGCAUAGAUCCAAC